AUGAUCGUGCCAAUCGAACAAAUCAAGCCAAAGAAGAAGACCAUCACCAAGAAAAUGGCAAACUUUUUCAAACGCCAAUUCACCACCUACCAGUAUCCCGUCAAAGAGAUCAACCAGAAGGCCCUCUGGAUCGACACAAAUACCAAGACCAACCUUGGUGCGAUGACAAAGGCCUCCGUCAACUCUGUCAUGCAUUGCCCACCUCCGCCGUACCCAAAAUCCGUUGGAUUGACAGCCUUGGCCACCAAAGAAGAACCGCCAAUGUACUCGCACUUUUCCGAUGAAACUUUGAAGUACGCUACAAUCCGACGAUCGUACUCUGUCCGCUACCGAACCGCCUCCAGAUUUUACUAA